GGUUUCGGUACUUUAUAUAACCGACGCGACGCGACUGUUUUCUUACUUGGUUUUAACCAGCAACACCGAACAAGUCGAAACCAAGUUUUUGCAUUCCUGUUGGAACAAAAAUGAAUCAAACUGAAAGUUUUCUUUCGGGUUCACAAAAUGUUGUCCGUUUAAUGGGCUAUGAAGUGGAAUAUACAAGAUGGACUGUUUGCUUUGCUCUUCUUCUUGUAUGCAUAGCAUAUGAUCAAAUUGCUUACCAGUUACGUAAAGGGAAUCUUCCAGGCCCUCUCAUCAAGAUUCCCUUCAUGGGUUCCUUCCUGGACAGCAUGAAACCCACCUUUGAAAAAUACAAGACCAAAUGGGAUUCCGGUCCACUUUCAUGUGUUUCUGUUUUUCAUAAAUUCGUCGUUAUUGCUUCGGAGCGUGACUUGGCCAGAAAAAUUUUAAAUUCCCCUAGUUACGUCCAACCUUGCGUCGUCGAUGCAGGUAAGAAGAUCUUGAAACACACUAAUUGGGUCUUUUUGGAUGGUCGUGAUCAUGUUGAAUACCGUAAAGGUUUGAAUGGUUUGUUUACUACCCGGGCACUUGGUGUUUAUUUGCCCGCUCAAGAGGAAGUUUACAACAAAUACUUUAAAGAGUUUUUAGACCAUAGCCAAGGCAAGUAUACCGAAUUUAUGAUUCCUUUUCGUGAUAUUAAUGUUGCUACCUCUUGUCGUACUUUCUGUGGUCAUUACAUCUCUGAUGAUGCCAUCAAGCACAUUGCUGAAGAAUAUUGGAAUAUUACCGCUGCUAUGGAACUCGUCAACUUUCCACUUGUUUUGCCUUUCACAAAGGUUUGGUAUGGAAUUCGUUCUCGUAAGAUUGUUAUGCAAUAUUUUAUGAAAGCUGCCGAUGCCUCUCGUAAAAGUAUGGAAGCCGGUAAUGCUCCUACGUGCAUGAUGGAAGAAUGGAUUCGUGAGAUGAUUGAAACUCGCAAGUACAACAACAGUAAGGGUUUAGAUGGAUCCGAGAAACCCAGUGUUUUAAUUCGUGAUUUUUCUGACGAAGAGAUUUCUCUUACUUUCUUAUCUUUCUUAUUUGCUUCACAAGAUGCUACUUCCAGUGCUAUGACAUGGCUUUUUCAAUACUUGGCUGAUUACCCUGAAAUUUUGCAAAAGGUUCGCGAAGAACAGUUCCGUAUUCGUGAUGGCGACCCCAAUGUACCUAUCAGUUUAGAAUUGCUUGAGAAAAUGACCUACACCCGUAUGGUAGUUACUGAAUGUUUACGUCUUCGUCCUCCUGUAUUGAUGGUUCCUUAUCGUGUCAAGAAAUCUUUCCCUAUUAGUCCCGAGUACACUGUUCCUAAAGAUUCCAUGGUUAUUCCCACUUUAUAUGGUGCUUUGCAUGAUCCCAAAGUUUACCCUGAUCCCGAAUCUUUCAAACCAGAGCGCUGGGAACCCAACGGACUUGCCCAGCAAAACCCUAAAAACUGGAUGGUGUUUGGUAAUGGCCCACAUGUCUGUUUAGGUCAACGUUAUGCCGUUAAUCAUCUAAUUGCUUGUGUCGGUAAGGCUAGCUUAAUGCUUGAUUGGUCACACAAGCGCACCGUUGAUUCUGACACCCAAAUGAUCUUUGCUACUACCUUCCCUCAAGAUAUGUGUUUGCUUAAAUUUACUCCUUUCAAUCCCGCUACUAUAAAGCUUCAUCUUAAAGAAGAUGCCGAACUACAAACCCCUACUGCUGCUGGAAUCCCAAGUAGCGCCUAAGAAUCCUUUGAAAGGUAUAAAGAUAUCUUUACUAUAAUAGCUUCACUAAAACGCUAGGCUCGUUUUAUGGAGAUGGAGAAAGGUGUGUUUAUGAAUUUAGCUAUACAGCUAUCUGGACCUUUGCUUUCGUGAAUGGCAUAAUAAUGUCCAUAAUUAAUCGGAUGGAAUCUUUGGAAAUAAUAGUUACUGAUUAUCAAAAAUUUAUAUUGUUGUACUAAAUUCGUCAUUCAUUAAAAAUAAUCUCGUAAUGAGGCAUAGCAUGUAGCAAGUGGCUGUCUUG